CUUCAUCGAUUCAUUUUUGCGCAAGGGUGACUUAGCUCUGCGACUUUUCAUUCGCUGCGAAAAUGCCGCCCCUGCCCUUUGUUUUGUGUUUCUCUCUUUCUGGCGCAGCAUCCAUUAUGCAGCCAAACAUUACAUGUUGCCAUGCUAUUUAUCUAUUUUGCCUCGAGGGAUCGGCCCCCAAUCGCAUGCUUUUCCAUGCAGCUUUUGCUUGUGCGAGGAUUCGCCUUUCUCAGUCGCUCGUACAUUCGAUCCUCCUGCGCUGUCAACAUAAACCCGAAUUGACCUGAAAUUGGAUUUGGAUUUUCAAUUUUUUUCUUAGCCACGCUCGGAGACCCUAUAUUCUUUAUAGACCACAGUGUCUGCGAUUAUCUGCACGCUUCACACCGCCUUAUUAUCAGUUUUUGUGUGUAAUCGUCAUUUGACAUAUUUUUUAGUGCGCACUAUAGGCAGUGCUAAAAAAUCAUCAUAGGCAGUGGUAAUGUUAUCAUUUUUAAUUUUUAAUUUAAUGCGCUAAAGCGGACAUGUUAUUAGUUGUUUACAUUUGUAGGAUAUUUAUUUCGGGAGAGUGGUCCAUUGUUAUGAUGGAACAAUGUCUUUAGUGUAUCUAUUUUUAUUAGGCUGUAUAUUAAAUCGGUGCGCUAUCUUGUGCUUAAAAAAGCGCACAGUACGUGCCCCUUGCCAAUUAUGACACUUUUACUAUAGAAUGAG